AUGUACCCCCAGCCCCGAGGCAUCGAGACCUUCACUCGAAAGGUCACUGCCACGGCGAGCCACCUAGUUGGCCCUCUGGCAGACCCGUCCUCGAAUCACUACCACAACGCCAUGGCCGAGGUGCACAAGCAGCUGAAGCGCCCCGGCAUUCAGCGUAGCAUGUUCUCAAUGGCCAAGACGACGCCUACCGACAUGGUCAGGUCCAGGUUCUCGACCUCGGAGAUUCAGACACGUGCCCUGUCCUACCUCUCCGAUGAUAUGCUGCAGCAGAUUCCCGACAAUGAGAACUCGUACUCCCUUUUCCAGGGCUUCCAGGCCUCCUUUCCAGAGCUGAACGAAGUCGGCAAAAAGCACAGGCGAAGAGUGUCGAGGGGCAGGAAGAUGAUUGAAGAUACCCCCAGGACGCCGGACGGUCCACGCCACCUGCAAUCGCUCAAGAAAGAGCGGUCUUCUCUCAUGCAUGAGCUCGAGAUGCUCGGGAUACGGAAAAAUAUGGCUAGCGUCGAGAUACGAGAAAUCGACAACAAGAUUGCUAAUCUACAUGGCAUGCGGAGGAUCAUUCUGGAGAGGCUUGCCGGCCUCGAGCAAGAGGAAGCUUUGCUGGAGCACGACAUCGUCGAUAUGGAAACACGGAUAGAAGACGCUCAGCUACUUGUCGACGAGGCCGAGUCUAUCGCAGCAGAUACACCUACAAGGGACGAUGACGAUGAUUUGGUUACUGAAAAGGCGGCCGACGACUUCAUGUCGCAAUCUGUUUAUGAGAAAUUGCCCUCAGCCUCGAGCACUCCUUCAAAGCCAAAGAGACACAAGAUUAUCAAGCGAAAGUCCUUGCCGGUUUUGCAUGAGCACUUGGAACCUGGUACUGCUAUCCGCGAAAUCAAGGCUCACGGCGACAAUAUCACGGCUAUCGACUUUGACGUACCCUUUGGUACCAUGGUUUCCGCUGGUCUGGAUGAUAUGGUCAAGGUUUGGGAUCUGAAUGCUGGUCGCUGCAUUGGCGUUCUCGAGGGCCACAUUGCAUCGGUACGGGCGCUUCAACUCGAGGACAACUUUCUUGCCACUGGCGGUGCCGACGCGACGAUUCGUUUGUGGGAUUUGAGCAAAGCGCACUACGACCCUCAAGGUGAUCUUGCCGAGGACGAGGAAGACGGUAUCGCUUUUGAGAACCCCGAUGACCAGCCAGUGGAGCCACCCGCUGGCAGCAUGGCUGAUUGCCCUCUAUUUUCUCUCGAAGCUCACAUGGACCAAAUUACUGCUCUACACUUCCGCGGCGAUGUGCUCGUAUCGGGCUCGGCAGACAAGACGCUUAGACACUGGGAUCUCGAGAAAGGGCGAUGUGUGCAGACUCUAGACGUGAUGUGGGCAGCAGCGCAAGCAUCAGCAUCCAUGGGAUCGGCAGAGGGUGCCUGGAGGCAGACCAGUCGGGGCACAUCUAGUUCAGCCGACUUUGUUGGUGCUCUACAGGUGUUUGACUCUGCCCUCGCCUGUGGUACAGCAGACGGCAUGGUCCGCCUUUGGGAUCUACGCAGUGGUCAAGUUUCCCGCAGCUUGGUCGGACACACCGGUCCAGUCACCUGCUUGCAGUUUGACGAUGUUCAUCUGGUGACGGGUAGCUUGGAUAGGAGCAUACGGAUAUGGGACCUACGGACAGGAUCCAUUUUUGAUGCAUUUGCCUAUGACAACCCCAUCACCAGCAUGAUGUUUGAUAGCAGACGCAUUGUCAGCGCGGCUCAGGAGGAUGUGGUCAAGGUGUACGACAAGCUCGAGUCACGACAGUGGGAAUGCGGUGCCGGCAUCACCCAGGCCGAAGAGGACAAGACUCCGGCAAUCGUCGAGCAUGUGCGCAUCAAGGAGGGAUACAUGGUUGAGGGACGCCAGGACGGCAUCGUCGGCGUAUGGAAAUGCUGA